UGGGAAAAGAAUGGAGCUGUCCCAGCUACUCAAUGAGAUCAGGGCAAACUAUGAAAAGCUCCUCACGAGAAAUCAGAUAGAGACCGUGCUCUCAACAAGGAUCCAGGUAAUGAUUUCAUACAGACAGGCACCUUCCAGGAUAAGGAGACAAUCCCUGUCUAUCCAAUUCCUGUCCCGGCCUCUCUGAGGAUGACUUUUAAAGGUCUCAUUUUCAAGAGCGCUCUUUGUUUCUGUUAUUCUUGUGGCUGGUGGCUUACUUAAAGCUAGAAGAAGAUAUGAGCAAAAAAAUGGACAAAGAUGAAGAGGCUUUAAAGGCAGCUCGAGCAGAACUCAAGGAAGCGCGACGCCAGUGGCACCACCUGCAAGUGGAAAUUGAGUCUCUCCAGGCAGUGGAAAGAGGCCUUGAAAACUCCCUACACGCCAGUGAGCAACAUUACCAGAUGCAGCUGCAAGAUCUAGAGGCCGUGAUUGAAGGACUAGAAAAAGAGCUGCAGGAAGUAAGGCGGGGCAUUGAAAAGCAGCUUCAAGAGCACGAGAUGCUUCUCAACACGAAGAUGAGGCUAGAACAGGAAAUCGCCACUUAUCGCCGCCUCCUAGAAAAGGAAGAAAUCAGAUAUUAUGGUUGUAUCCAAGGUGAGAAAAAAGAACAAAAACCUUCGACAAGUAGAGUUGGUUUUGUUUUACCUUCAGCCAUUAUAAAUGAAAUAUCUUUUUCAACGAAGCUCCCACAAAAGUAUGAGAACGAAAAAGUGGAAACAGUGACCAAACAGGCAAUACUAAAUGGAAAUAUUGUGAAGGAGAGCACUGAGGCUCGUGGCACUAUUCAGACAGAGAAGGUGGAUGAAGUUAUUAAAGAAUGGGAAGGCUCCUUCUUUAAAGAUAACCCUCGAUUAAGGAAAAAAUCGGUUUCUCUUCGAUUUGAUCUUCAUUUAGCAGCCACUGAUGAAGGGUGUUUACAGACUAAGCAGGAUAAUCUACCAGAUAUAGAAGUCAGGCUUAUCAUGAGAAGAUCAUGCAGUAUCCCCUCUAUCAAACCUCCAUCAGCAGCUAAUUAAUCCAACGACAGUACUUGACUUGAUUUGAAAAUGACAUUAGGGUGGACCAAGGUGGGCCAUGCUGACUGCUUUCUGUCCCAAAAUGUAAGUUAUUAAGUAUGUGUGCAAUGAUUAAUGUGUGAUUCUCUUCAGAAAACAAACAGGAAGGGACACAAUUUCUCUGAAUCUAAUUAUGGAUGCAUUCUUUGAAGAAGAGGAGCUUCAAAAUAAAAUCAGAAAUUCAGUAUGGUUUCUAUUUUGUUUACUCCAAAUAGUGUUCUUUUCCUCUUGAAAUUUUAUCAGAGACUAUAAGCAUUAAGGUGGCUUGGUUAAAAGUCUUUGAAAUUUCACUCAGUGGCUGAGUAUUCUAAGGAAAAGGAACAAUUUGUUUAAGUAUGAUUGUAUUAUAUUAAGAAUCACACUGACUUAUUCAUCAUUAUUCCAUGACUGGUUAUAGCUAAAAAGAUUUUUCUACUUAAAAAAGAAAGCAAUUGUAAACAAACUUUUAAAGAGGACUCACUAGUCACAUAUCAAAAAAUUUUUUUUUAUUUUGAGACAAUCAUUUGCAUACUUAGAAAAAUAACAGAGUUACUUUCCACAAGCACUUCCAAACAAACUAUAGAACACACCCCUGGCUAAUCUGAUGAUUAAAUAAAUCUUCAUCCAAAAGCUUUUUGUAAUAUGAUCGGUUUUCCGAAGAGUUACUUUAUUCAAGGACCUUUAAGGUUGUGUCCUCCCCCACAAAAAAUCAGAAGGCCAGUGGCACAAAUAAAAGAUGAAAAUCUUGUUGCUACCAUUACUAGAAUAGAGUUCUCUAAUCUCACCAUCCCAACUUUUCCUUCUGUAAAAUUAAAUGUGACUAAUUUGAAUAUCUAGUGUGAGCAUUAGGUAAGAUACUAGGUAAAAGUAUUAUAAAUAUUUCUUGCAAUCAUUUAUGUGAGUUAAGAGAACAAUAUUGUUAUCUAAGUGAUGAGUAUUUGCAGGAUUUCCAUUUUCAAAUUGUUCAAACUGUAAUAAAUACAGACAGAAAACCUAUUUGUGAAUAAGCCAAGUACUGUUGCAAAGUUUUUUAAACAACUUAAUUUGUUUAAUACAGGCAUAUUUAUUUAUUUUAAGACCUUAAAUAAUAAAUACCUGUUUUAAAACAUUAGAAAUUUAUAGGCUAUCACUUUUUUUCUAAGCAAAAAACAAAAAAUGUUGAGUACAACUUACCAUACUUUUUCCCAGCUAAAGUAUCAUCAAAGGGCUACAGCUCAGUUAGCAUUUUCAUUACCAGUCUUUGCAAUCUCUCUCUCAUUUCACUCAGAACAAAAUAUAUAUUUUAACCAGGAGAAAAUUAUGUUAAAUCAUCUUUAACAUAAUGCAGGGAUAUAAAAUUUUAAAAUUUUCUUUUUCAAUUACCUUUAGAUUCCUUUCAGCCUCUCUUAUUCUAUUUAGCAAAAGGGAUGAUUUGUUUUGUCAAGGAUACAAUAGCAUGUUAAAUGCUUAUUCUUGUGUAAGCAUCUGUCCUAAAAUACAUCUUAUACAGUGUUUUCAUUCAAUAUUAGUUAAAUGCUAUGCUACUACUAAUUUCAUUAAUGCUUUGAAAAAUGCAAUCAUAUAAACUAUUGUACUAAAGUUACUGUACUAAGCAACAGUAAUCAUAAUAAAACAAUAUCUAGUUAAUCUACAUGCAGUGUUCAGAACAGUACUGGGCAUCAUAAUUGCUUGUUAUAGUAAUUCCGCUAUGCAUCUCUUGUGUGUAUAACAUGUACAUUUUAAAAUACAGUACUUGAAUUUAUUUAAAAAAAUUAUUUGUUUUGGGGCAUUUUAAAUCGGGAUAUGAAUUUACCAAAGUAAAUGAUACCACUACAAUAAAAAAAAAACCUGAAACAUGAA